AUGUCCACGUUCGAGAGCGACCUCCAUCUCCUGGCGCGCGAGCGAGCCAGACUUGCGAGCGAGGCGAAGGCGGCGAAAGCAGCUGCAAAGGCCAGAGCGGCUGCGCGAAAGGUGAAGAGUGAGCCUCCGAGAGCGGUCCGGAUCGAUUCCUUUCAUGAUCCUGCGAAUGCCGCAACGAGUGGGAGGACAAGCGCGGUUAUGGAGUGCCAGAUGGUGAGGCCGUCGACGGAGACGCAGGGCACGCGGAGCUCGGGGUCGACCACGGGGAGGAGUUGGAGACAUUCGCUUGCUUCUGUUUCGACGGCCGGGGAGUGGUCGUUUACGGAUCUGUUUGGGCGUGAGAGAAAGAGUUCGAGGAAGGAGGUAGGGACGGAUAUGAAGAAGGGAGAGAAUCCUUCGUCGGUGUCGUCGACUGGCACAAGAUCUCGUCUCGCGCGGACAUCGAGAUCACCAUCGACGCCGAAUACAACGGGUACGUCGAGGUGUGUGAGUCCACUGGAAGAGAAAGAGAUGGAGACAGAGCAAACAGAGGACGUUGGAUCGGUUGCAACGUCGGAUUAUGCGACCAUGAAACCUUUCACAAUCCCAGUCUUGGUACAUUCGUCAACAAUGCCGAUGUUGCCGAAAGGACAUAGUCCACACAAGGACAAAGGUGGCGAGACAAAGAACAAGCAGCACUCUGAUUCCAUGUCUUCGUCAGAAUCUGCCAGAUCUUAUGCAACCUCAAUCACCACACUGUCCUCGAUGCCUGACAUGCCGCCGUCACCAACAAGGUCUGAGAAAGAGUUCCCGCAGACACGUGUGGGAUCGGAAUAUGGUGGAGACAAACGACAAUCGCGAGACCGUCGCCAAGUUCUAAAAAGCGCGAAAGAGUCGAAGCAUGAGGACAGGCCUGAUAGUACAACAUCGGGACUCAAUGGCGGGAGUUCCGCACAGCUGGUGGAGGGACCACCUAACACGAGAUUAUACGACUCUCCGAGAUCGAACUCACCUUGUCGGACUGUUAGGAAAUCUGAUGCUAGCGCUGGGUAUUCUCCUGCUGUGAGCAGCACAUCACCUGAACUGGAGAGAACUGUAGCAAUUACUUCCAAGGCUUCCAAUAUGAAGCGAACAUCGGAGCAGAUGUCAGCCCUGGAGAACGACUCAAGCCUUGUGUGGAUGACCAAAUGCUGUACUGCAACAAGACAAGAGCCGUCGCCACCAUCAACCGAGACACCCGAGAUCACCGACGACGAAAUCGUCGAGUUGGAAAAUCAUGUUGCGCACAUGUUGCAGCGAGAAGUCAACGAUAUCUUCGGCAAAGAUACUGACGUCGACAGGUUCUGGGAGGACGAUCAUAAGCGUCAUCAGCCGCUAAGACCCUACUGCUCGUCGAUGAGCAACUACACGUAUGGAAAGACAAUGACUACGUACUCCACAUCAGAAUAUGGAGAGACUGCGACAGAACGGCUCAGUACAUGGCACUGGAGAAAGAUACUGGGGCAGGAUUGUUUGACGCCUUGGCGUGGCUACAGCGGAGUGCCGUAUCCGGCCCAAUUUGACGACUUUAAUGAGGACUUUAUGGAAGAUGGACAGGUCUAA